AUGGCUGAUCCAUUCACCCACCGACUGUCGAAGAGUGUUCAAGUGCCGGAUAACCUGCUGACGAAGCUGGUACAUAGGCUGGAAGCUGCCACAUCGCGCCUGGAGGACAUCGCUUCAUCCACAGAUCAGCCCAAUGGCGCCGGCCAUAAGAGCUCUCCAUCCUCCAGCCAGCCUCAGAUACCUGCUGCAGCUACGGCUCCCACCGCCGCCAUCAAAGCCUCAAAGUCAUCCACUCCAUCGGUACCGUCCAUCGCGGCCUUCGAUGACCUAAUAGAUGGAGAGCUGGGACAAUGGCUAGAAAUGAGCAAACAGAUUGGUGGUGUCGUUGCUGAGCAGGCAUCAGCAGUAUCACAGGCGUUCACCGCUGAAAAGCAGUUCCUUACGGUUGCCACUAAAGCACGGAAGCCUGGAAUGGAGACCCCAAUGUUCAUGAGCUUGCUUGAAGAUCUACAAUCGGCAAUCAUGAAGGCUGAGAGCAUUCGCGGUCCUACGUCGUCGCGAGACCCUGCCUACAGAGACCAUCUGGCGAUGGUAGCAGGUGGUUUAGAAGCGCUUGGUUGGGUAACUGUGGACGGUAAACCCGCCGAGCUGGUUGCGGAGCUCUUUGGAGGCGCGCAGCUGUACGGCAAUAAGGUGCUGAAGGAGUAUAAGGAGAAAGACCAAACACACGUCGAAUGGGUCCAAUCCUUUUACAAGCUCUUCAAAGCGCUCAUCGCAUACAUCAAGGAACACCACCCCAAGGGUGUGACAUGGAACAGCGCCGGCAUCGACGCCGCACAAGCCCUCCGCGAAGUCAAGUCCGGCGACUCAUCCACCACCAACGGUUCUCCCGCAUCUCCACCACCUGCAGGCGGCGCCCCGCCUCCACCGCCACCGCCUCUCCCUACCUUCGACAAUGCGGGCGGUCCUCCCCCGCCUCCUCCGCCUGCGACAAGUAGAAAGGCAGCUCCGGACAUGGGUGCGGUCUUCGAUGACCUGAACCGGGGCGAGGCGGUGACAUCAGGCCUGAAGAAGGUGGACGCGAGCCAGAUGACACACAAAAACCCAUCCCUGCGCGCGCAGGCGCCCGUACCGCCGCAGAGAAGUGACAGCUCGAGCAGCACUGGACGCGGCAAGAGUCCGACGCCACCCACCAAGCCGAAGCCGGAGAGCAUGCGGACGAAGAAGCCGUCGCGGAAAGAGCUGGACGGGAACAAGUGGAUAAUCGAAAACUUCGACAGCCCCGAAGGCGCCAUCGAGAUCGAAGCCGAAAUAAGCCACUCGAUCCUGAUCUCACGCUGCAAAAACACCACCCUCCGCAUAACAGGCAAGUUCAACGCCCUCUCCCUUGACAACUCAGCCCGUACUUCUAUCAUCGUCGACUCCCUCGUCUCCUCCAUCGAUGUCAUCAAGUGCCCCAACUUCGCCGUCCAGGUACUCGGCACGCUGCCCACCUUGAUGCUGGACCAGGUCGACGGCGCGACGGUGUAUCUCAGCAAAGACAGCCUGGGGACCGAGAUCUUUACGAGCAAGUGCACAAGUGUUAACAUCAAUUUGCCGCCGCUGGAUGGGGGGGAGGAUUAUACGGAACAUGCGGUGCCGGAGCAGAUUAGGAGCUAUGUGAAGGAUGGGACGUUGGUGAGUGAGAUUGUGGAGCAUGCGGGUUGA